GACCGUCAGAAAUUUCAAACGGACAAUUUUUUUUCUUUGGUAGGUUUGCAGGUUAUGUCAUAAAUUUAUUCCCUCCGUCUCUAUGAUCCAUCUCCGAAUUUUUUAAUCAAUUGUGUAACACGUUGGGUUUUAUCUUAAGAGAAAUGUUGAAAUUUCACACAGUUAGUGAUCAGUGUUUUUGGUGGAAGUAAGUUGAUAUCUUAAUAAUUAAAAUGUCGAACCCAAUUAAAAACCCGAAAACCACUUCAAGAACCAGAAUUGAAAGUUUUACAUCCAUCAAUGAAAAACCAGUGGACGACAUAUCUUUGGACUUUUUUUACAAGCCUCACACUAUAACCCUAUUGUUGAUUUCAAUAGGCGCAGUGAUAUACUUUGCUUUCAUCAGAGAAACUGAUGAUACAGAAAAAAAUAUUUCCGCUGGUCUUCUAUGCUGCUGCUUUUUCUUUCUGAUUAUAUCAGUGUUGGCUUUUCCAAAUGGACCUUUUAUCCGACCUCAUCCUGCAAUAUGGAGAAUGGUGUUUGGCAUGAGUGUUCUGUACUUGCUAGGAUGCCUUUUCAUCCUGUUCCAAAAUUAUUCAACGGUAAAAAGUAUACUGUAUUGGUUCGAUCCCAGCCUAAAAGACUUUCACAUAGAUUCAGAAAAGGAAUAUGGAGUAAACUGUUCCGAUAUUACGUUUGAACGCAUUUGGAGUCAUGUUGAUGUGUUUGCUUUUGGACAUUUUUUUGGUUGGAUGUUUAAAGCAAUACUGAUUAGACAUAUGGCCAUCCUUUGGGCCACCAGCGUCAUGUGGGAAAUUACAGAACUGGCUUUUGCUCAUUUGCUGCCGAACUUUGUAGAGUGCUGGUGGGACGCUUUAAUUCUUGACGUAUUGAUCUGUAACGGAUUGGGCAUCUGGUGUGGCUUAAAAAUUUGCCAGGCUUUGGAGAUGAGAGAAUACAAGUGGGAAAGCAUAAAAGAUAUUCACUCCACCACAGGCAAAAUUAAAAGGGCGGUGCUUCAGUUUACCCCAGAGAGCUGGACUUCUGUGAGAUGGCUGGACCCCAAGUGUUCCUAUAUGAGAGUGAUUGCGUUUUGUGAAUUAGUGCUAUUUUGGCAAGUGUCAGAAUUAAACACAUUCUUCCUAAAGCACAUUUUCGAAAUGGCCCCGUCCCACCCCUUUGUUACGGCUCGUCUAAUUUUAAUCGGUGUGAUAGUGGCUCCAUCCGUGAGACAGUUCUACUCGUAUGUCACAGACACUACAUGUAAACGAGUUGGAACGCAGUGCUGGGUGUAUGGUUGCAUAAUGGUUUCAGAAUCUCUGAUUUGUAUUAAACACGGACAAGAAUUGUUUAAACAGACACAUGCUGUAAAUAUUAUUCUAUGGUUUAUUGUACAAAUACUCCUUUCCAUUGUUUUUGUAGUCAGCUAUGCAUUCUAUCACAAAUAUUGCCCACAGAAACAGACCCAAUCUUUAUCAACAUUAAACGAAACCAAUAAAAAAAAUAAAUAAGUCACCCACAGUAGUCCAUUCAGUAGUUGGCAAUUUGAAUAAAGUGUAAACCAAAGAAAAUGUCAAGAUAUUUAUAUAACCAUUCAAAUUACUUUCGUCGUGAAUAUAAAUAAAUGAAAUAUUUCGCA